AAAUGUGAAAUAAGUUUCUCUUCUCGUGCAAAUUAGUUGUCUAUUUUCAGUAAAAAAAUACUAUAAAUAUUUUUAAAUACUUUCAAUAUCGGGUGGUGACUGAUGGUGACAGGCGGCCGAUGCAGUGUAUAAAUUAUUUAUAUACACGUUUUAUAAAAUAUUAUUAGUUUUGAAAAUCUAAUCUUUGAACAAAAUGGCAGAGGUUGGCUUCCCUGGACAACAUUCAACAACUACCACCGUAACAUCUAAUACCACAGUCAACAGAAGUAUACGAUUUGAUAAGUCCUAUUUGCAAACUGUGCCUGGUUUGCUGAAAAUUGUGGAAGUUGGUGGGUCAUUGCUGGGUUUUAUCUGUGUGGUAUGCUCUCGCGUGGGCACUGCCAGCAGGGGUGCGUACUUCAGUUGGGUGUCAAUGAUAGCCUUUUGGUUCACCGGCAUCCUACUGGGAUUCUACCUGUUUCACAUCGUAGAGAAGUUCUACAAGAUCCCGUGGCUCCGGUUGGAGUUUUUGUUCGCGGCAGUGUGGUCGCUGCUUUACCUUAUCGCCUCCAUACUUGCUACUACUGUAGGGGAUAACGCCCACUAUGCAGCAAGCUUUUUCGGUUUCGCUGCGACGCUGGCGUACAUGAUUGACGCGUACCUCAAGUUUCGCUUAGUGCGAGCGGGUGGGCUGGCACAGGGAUCCCGUGUCGUGUCAAAACAGACUACUGAAGUCAUAACCCCUCCUGGGGGCCGCUACUAACAUCUUGCUAUACAAAAUACGGAAUGGAUAGGAACCAUUGUCAAUAUUCAGUAACGCACUAUACGACUGUCAAAUCUAUCAAAUAUAUUUCAAGUUAAAUAAGUAUUUCUAGAGCCACGAAUAAAUAUGUACAAGAUUUAUUUGCAGCAUUCACUAUGCGCACGAAUCUUUUUGCAAAUACGACAAUAGUUUUUAGCCAUCUCCAGUUAAUAAGGUACCUGAUUGGUGGGUUUUUGUAUCAAACUAACUCAAAAUGUCAUGCAAAUGACAGUUGAUGUCUGUUGAAGUGAAAUGAUUUUUUGUUAAGCAUAAACGUUUUUAUUCUUGUACUCAUAUUUGUAUAAAGUUUGUCAGUAAUCAACAUAUCAUGGGCAAAGCACUGCGUGAAAAUAUACACAGUGUACUAAGAUAGCAUAAAA